AUGUCUCAAUCGGUCAAAAUAGUCAUGUUAGGUGGUGGUGCAGUUGGAAAGUCAGCACUGACUGUUCAAGAGGUCUCUGGACACUUCUUGAGCAUCUACGACCCAACAAUUGAAGACUCAUACAGAACAUCGAUAUCAAUUGAUGGCAACAUUUAUACUCUUGAGAUUCUUGACACUGCAGGGCAAGAAGAGUACAUGGCACUUCGGGAUUCGUAUAUAAGAGGAGGUGAUGGGUAUGUGCUUGUCUAUUCAAUCACAUCACAAUCAUCGUUUUUGGAGGCGAAUGCGGUCAGAGAGCAGAUAUAUCGAAUUCUUGAUAUGGAAUACACACAACACAUUCCUAUUAUAUUGGUGGGCAAUAAAUGCGAUUUGGAGAGUGAAAGGAGAAUUCAAAGCAAGGAAGCACAAAACAUAGCAAAUGAGUGGAAGAUAUCGUUCAUCGAGUGCUCUGCCAAAAACAAAAUCAACGUUACUGAGUUAUUCCAAAUGAUAUGCAAAGAUGUUGUUGCAACACGAGAAAGCAAAAGGAUCGAAGAUGAAAAGAGUAUGGUUGGUGAGGUGUGUCAAAAAGGAAAGAAAACAAAACAUAUGAAAAACAAAUGCAACAUCUUUUAG